GCCCGGCUCCGCUCGCCCCCGGCCCGGCGCCGCCGCCAUGCGCCACAGCCUGGCCCAGCUGCUGGCGGGCUCCUCCGGCGGGGCCAGCCCCUCGGGUGCCGGCCGGCCGCUCCCCGGCGCGGGGCAGGCCCCGAGAGGGCGGGAUGGCGGCGGGGAAGGGGACCCGGGCCCCGCGCGGCCUAAGCCCCAGCAGCCGCCGCGGCGGGAGGAGAAGGAGGUGGAGGCGCCCGCCGGCCCGCUGGAGGUGUGGGAGCAAGAGGACUGGUUCCCGGGACUGGAGCUGGGAGAUCUGCUGGAAGCGGCCCGGCCGGACUGGGACCUGGAGGCGGAGCUGAGCGGCUGCUUCUGUGGGGAGCCGGAGCCGCUUCCCCCGCCGGGCCAGGGCCACAGGCCGGCGGCGCCCGGGCGGAGGAAGGGCGGGACGGGGAGCCGGCUGAAGGCGGCGGCGGCGGCGCGGCUGAACCGGCUGAAGAAGAAGCAGUACGUGCUGGGGCUGGAGAGCCGCCUGCAGGGCCUGGCUGCUGAGAACCGGCAGCUGCGGGACCGCAACCGCGGCCUGAGCCGCCGCCUGCGAGAGCUGGAGCGGGAGAGCAGCUACCUGCGGGCCGUGCUGGCCAACCAGAGCGCGCUGGGGCAGCUCCUGAGCCGCUUAGCCGGGACCCGCGCCGGCGGGCUGCAGCUCAGCACCAGCCUCUUCAGGGACACGGGCAGCCCCCACCGCCAUCACCACCAGCUCCAGCCCGCCGGCGAGAGCAGCGACCACGACUACGCCUUGCCCAGCUCCCGGCCGUCCGGCCUGGAGGAGGCGGCGGUGGUGACGGAGGCUGAGGAGGAGUGGGCGUCCCCCGGCGGGAUCUGCCUCCACGUGGACCGGGAUCAGGUGUCGGUGGAGUUCUGCUCCAUCUGUGCUCGGCGGGCGGCGGCCUCCUUCAAAAUUUUCUCUUUUAGGUGCUUGCCCUGCCAGGCUCCGUUGUGUAGGGGUUAAAGAACAGUCGUUUUCCACCUCGCAACCUGUGGAUUCAGCUGUGUUGGGGCAGAAGAGACGGGACCAGCUGCUCGCCACAUUUCCUGCUUUAUUUUAAAAGGUAGUAUAAGAAAUGAGAAUAAAGAGGUAACAGGGCUUUUGCUGUCUUUGGUUUAAAAAAAAAAAAAAAGGUUGAAUGCUGGGAUCAUUUACUGUCAUCUGAGAUGUUUUUUUUUAAACAAAAUAUCCUAUCAAACAGGUUUUACUCCACUGUAUGCAGAUUUCCAUCUGUUCAGGGUACAUUGCCAGCACAAAGAAGGCUUAGUGGGAUAUGUGUUACCUUACACCUCAGUGGUGGCAUCAACAGCAAUGUUAAAAGUUGCAGUCUUAAAUUGUAUAGCCCUGCUGGAACUGAUGGGUUGUACUAGUGCCACAGAACCAGAGUCAACCAUCAAAACCUGUACUGACUGAUAUGCAAAAUGGAAAUAAUUGAGUUAGAUUCAACCGAGGCUCCAUCUGCCUAGCUCAGAAUUCUGUGAAUGUGCUUUAAGUUUAAAUCAAGUUUUCAGUUGAUGAGAAGAGAAACACUAAUGUAGCAAGUAUGAAAUGUUAAAAUGGCAUUUUUACGAUUACUUCAGUGUAGAAGUGUUUUUUAAUUUAACUUAAAUAUGCAUUCUUUCUUUCCACAUCACUGCUAAACAGUAGAGGUCAGGGACUUAGUUCAGGUCUCUGUUGUGAACCUGCACAUCACUAGUCAUGAACUACCUGUGAGAUAUGUCUGAGAGUAGCUGAUUUUCUGACAUGCAAAAUGAUACAUGCUGGUACAAGAACAAGGUCAAGUCCCAAGAAAGUAAGUGUCUGCAGGCAUUUCUAGUGCCUACUGAAUCAUAUUUAAACCAAAUAGAGGGGCAGAAGUUAUUUGAAAUUCUAAACUGACUGUACUAUCUGUAUGGUGUAUUAUUAAUGUAGCUUUUUGAAGUGGAAGCCUUGAAAUGACAUAACUUAAUACUUGAAAAUAUAUUGUAAAUGUUUCUUUGUAAUUUUUGUGCCAUCCAGAUGAGAAUACAAUAUAAUAAAAUCAGACUUGUUGAUCUUUCA